AUGUCGGUUACUGAAAGCGUGCAGAGGAUAACCCCCCGCCUUCGCACCAUCACCCUCAGCCUGUACACCAACUACCUACUGGUGGGUGCUGUGUACUUCGGCCUCUCGCUCAGCGGCGGCGACCUGAGCUCCGACCCGUUCCUGUACAUGGUGCUGACGGGGGUCGUGGAGCUGCCGGCCUACACGCUGGUCAUCCCCCUGGUGGCUCGCUACGGCAGGAGGGCUCCCGUUGUCGCCUUCUUCUUCAUGGGCGCCGUGGCUCUUCUCGCACUGCCCUUCGUGCCCACGGGUAGUGGGGAAUCGAUGACCUUAGCGCUUAUGGGGAAGAUGAGUAUCGCUUCGGCCUUCCAGAUCCUCGACUUUUACUCCUCAGAGCUCUUUCCCACCGAGGUUAGGACGAGGGGCAUGAGCACAGCCCUUGUCAUGUCAAGGGUGGGGUCUACUUGUUCGCCUUUCAUCACGGACUACUUGGGCCCCUUGUACCCGUGGGCGCCGUCAGCAGUGUUCGGGGCGGCGUCGGUGCUCGCGGGACUGGCCACUCGCCCUGCCGGAGACGCUGCACGUGCCUCUCCCGGACACCAUCGCACACCUGGAGGAGCGGGAGAUCAGGACCAGCGGGUUCCUGCGACUCCCUGUCCGCGAUCCCAGAAUCCCUACCAUUUACGUCAGCCAAGUGGAUUAGGGGAUUCCACUCCUGGGGGAUUCCACUCCUAGGGGAUUCCAC